AUGGCCUUCUCGUCUCACUUUCAAGGACCCUCAGGCCUCGGAGUGUCUUUUGCCACCUUGAAACUCCAGCCUCAGGGAGCCAUCCGUCUUAUCGUCAGCCUCAGGGACUCAAUUCCUCUUCAUCUUCACUCGCGCGCUAGUGAAACAAAUUUCAUGCUUCUUGGCCAGCUGAAAGUGGGAUUUGGUAACAUCACCAACAGCUUUUACUCCGGCCUGCUCAGCCGUAAAGACAUAUUUGUUUUCCCUGAGUCUGUAGAACAUUAUUACGCCAAUUUAAGUAGCAGCACUGCAGUGCAAGCUGUGGCUACAUUUGGUAGUUCAGAGCCUGAUUGCACUCGUCUUUUAGCCAAUCUUGUUGGAUUCGCCAUCUGA